AUGGAGGGGCCCGCGUUCACCAGCGAGAACAUCUCGGUCCCGUCGUUGGCGAAGAAUAGAAACGGCCCGGCCGGUAGCCAGGCUUCGUUACCACCAACCACGAUCUCGACAACAGAGGAAUACCGGUAUCGACUCGCAGACAUCUACUCCCGGGCAUCGGUAUCAGACGCCUUAAUCGCGCUGUUCGAGCACGACAAAGACCCGACUCUCACAUGCGUGACAACAGGACUCGUGCACAAGGCCUGCGAGAAACGGAUCGAGAGGAAAGUCGCGCUUGGGUCGCUGAUCGUAGAAGCUGCGAAUUUCGCUGCCGUCGCGUGCUGGGAACCCCCUGCCGCGACGCCCCCGAUGCUCAGCGAGGGCGAACUCCUCGAGAUCGAGAAAGAGCGCCCGGCUUUCGCGCAGUUCACGCGCGAGAUCCAGGGCGCGAGGUCGGAGGUCCUCGGGCCCGAGCAGAAGUAUUGGUGCCUGUCGCUCAUGGCGCGGGACCCCGACAGGAAGGACAAAGGCGCGGUCAGGGCGGUCAUCGAGCCGUUUGUGGCGAGGGCGAGGAGUGAAGGUGUUCCGCUGUGGCUCAUUGCUGGCAACCUACGGGCGAGGGAUGUCUAUGCGUAUUUUGGCUUCCGUGUCGUCAGAUAUCUGGAGUCGUUUCCUAAGGAGAGGACACCGGCUGUCCAAGGCGUCCCUUCUUGGGUCAUGGUCUGCAAUUGGCCUGCUGAGGGAGAGGGCGGAAGCUGA